AUGCCACUGACGAAAAUCUGCAACCAAUGGCCGAGUGGUAUUCCAUCCUAUGUUCGCGGCCACAAGAAACCUGUGGAUGAGUUGGAACCCACUACGCGCGUCUGGAGGCACUUUGUCCGGGAAGAGUGGACUCCAGCGGCGAUGGGGAUCAGCAGAGAUGGACCCUCAUCGAGAUGGGCAACUACGGAUCAGAAGCUGCGUGAUGUGGGGUUCCAACACUCUCUUUCUGGAAGAAUGGACAUAGCUAUCAAUCCCGCGCGCCGGAACGAUUUGCUGUUCGAUCUAGCAAAUACCCCCAAGAUCCAAGCACUACUGGCGAACUAUCUUAUCUCAUUAUUCUCAUGGGAUGGAUCAAUCGAUGUUGUUACACAUAUAUGCCAGGAAAUUGUGACGUUGAUGCCCAUUAACGACAACUUGUCUACUUCCAACCUAUUAGAAUUCCGCGAAAGCGUUGCCCGACCUAACUUUCUCGAUAUGUACAUGGCCCAAGAUGGAACGCUGUUAUCCUCUGACUCUUUCCCGAAAUUGAUCAUUGACGACCGGACCCUCGAGUCGGGCUUACUUCUCUGA